UCACUGUGUUUGUAAGAACAGUGCCAUCGGUGUUCAGAGAGGAAUGCAGGUUUGUGAUAAGCAAGAGUGACGACAGAGUGGUAACCACAGAGAGGGACACAGUGUCUCACAAGAACCAGACUAUCAGACUAGCUCCGAACUGCAACACCAGAGGAAUUGGAUAUGUAUGGAGGAGAGCUGUCACUAUAGAAUGGAGGACGGCAGGACUGUCCAGCAGAGACGUGGUUACAGUGAAGUUGGAAUCAUGCUGGGUGUAGAUAGAGCAUAGCUGGAGUCAGAUGUUCGAUCAGAGGGAGAAUAGAAGACGGCUACACUCUGCAGUCCUAGUUCUCAAGUGUCCAGGACCAGCCUGUCUCCUCUGGGUCCAGCGGGUCAGAGGCAUGGCUCCGGGUCCAUGUGAAGUGGAUCACUGUGGUUCUAAUUGGGGUCCUGAUCCUGGGAGUCUCUGCCUGGCUCCUCACUGUGUUUCUCUGCUCACAGCACGCUCAGACAGCCCAGGCCACUUCACUCUGCCAGUCUCCUGCCUGCCUGUCUGCCUCAGUGCGGCUGCAGUCCUUCAUGAAUUCAUCCGGGACAUGCCGGGACUCCUUCCAGGUCUCUUGCGGGUGGGAAGCGAGAGAGGGGAGAGGGAAGAGAAGAGAAAGGGGAAGAGAGACAUUUGAACUGCAAUCCCUACCUCCAGCCAGCAGGUGGCAAGUAACCUGGGAGCACAACCUGAGACUGCUGCGUGCUCUCCUGGAAAAUCCAAACUAUACAGCACCGCUCAGCUCAGCAGAAGAGAAGGCGAAGAGGUUCUACCGAGCUUGUAUGGACCAGAACCGGGUCAUUGAGCUGGGGGCCAAACCCAUACAGGAGGUGAUAGACAAGCUCGGAGGCUGGUCAUUGGCUGGAGUCUGGAAGCCGACAGAUUUCAACAAGACCCUGCAGACCAUCAUGAGAGACUACAACACCUUCCCGUUCUUCAGUGUGUACAUCGACCCUGACCCACUCAACAGCUCAGAGAACCGCAUACAGAUUGACCAGCCUGAAUUCCAGAUCUCCACUCAAUUGAACAGCAACGACUUGAAGGCAAAAGUUGAAGCUCUGCGUCUCUACUUGCACUACACUGUGUCUCUGCUCCUCCUCCUGGGCAUCGAGGCCAACUCCACCUCCAUUCCCACAGCCCCCCUCAUCAUCUUCGCAUCGCAGCUCAGCAGCGCUGCUGCUGGCCUGGAGGACAGACAACAGCAGGGCCGGCUCUACCAGAGAAUGAGCAUCGCAGAGCUGCAGGCCGCUGCCCCUGCAAUUGAUUGGCUGGGCUGCCUGCAAGCGACUUUUCACCCCAUGCAACUCAGCGAAUCAGAGCCAGUUUUGGUCCACAACCUGGCUUACCUCAUCAGUAUGUCACGAUACAUUAACAUGUUCACACCUGGUGGCGAUGUGAACUCCUAUAUGAUCCUGUCUGUGCUCCACACUCUCUCCCCAUCUCUGGAUCCCAGAUUCACUGAGGCCAAGAGGAACCUCAGUCAACAGCUGGGAGAGAAGACUGAGGUCAUGACCCCCCGAUGGAGGAAGUGUGUCACAGAAACAAACAUGGCGUUUGAGUCCGUGCUGGACGCUAUGUUUGUACGCAAAGCUUUCUCCAAGGAAAAACGAGACAUGGCUGCAGAGAUGAUCAGCGAUCUCAAAUCCACCCUGCAGACCAAACUAGUCAAUAUGGAAUGGCUGGAUGAGGAAGCCAGGAGCACAGCCCUGACGAAGAUUAGUUCACUGGCCAUCAAGCUGGGACACCCUGCAAGCACACUGGAUCAGACUGGACAGGACCAGCUUUACAGUGAGUUCAAUGUGAGUGAGGAGCUGUACUUCCACAACACUCUGCAGUACCUCAAGUUUGCAAACAAGCAGAUGGUGUCUCGACUGAAGAGGGAAGCCAGGAAGGAUGACUGGCUGGUCAGCCCGCUGUCUGUGAAUGUCGAUCACACCAUUCGAUUCCACGACCUCGUCUUCCCAGCCGGCCUGUUCCAGGAGCCGUUCUUCCAUGUGGAUUAUCCCAGAGCUGUGAAUUUUGGAGUAAUUGGAACCGUCAUUGCCAAUGAGUUCUUGCAGACUCUGUACAAAACCAUAGGUGUCAGUCAGCGCUUUCUGCUGAAGAUCGCGGAGUGCUCGCAGCUGCGGGAGCUGAAUUAUGCACAAACCCUGCAGGAGGACUGGACCAAGAAUGGAGCCCUUCACAUUUCCUUGCAAGCGUACAAGAGCUGGUUGAGCAGAAAGCAUUUUGACUCCAAACUCCCCAGUCUGGCCAACCUGUCUAAUACAGACCUCUUCUACAUCAGUUACACACAGGUGAUUUGCGGCUUGGUGCGUGACCCUCACGGCCAGGUCAAUAGGGGCGUGGCCAAUCCCUCCGAAUACUCGCAGGGGUUCAACUGCCCCCCCGCUUCACCCACGAACCCGUCAGAGAGAUGCAGCUUGUGGGCAUGAUGGGAUGCUAGCCCAUCGCUGGAUGUGGAUGCGCCUUAAAGAAUACCCUUAUAACUGUGUCUCACAGUACAAGCACAGCAAAGUGUAAUAAAGUAUGGCAAACCAAGGUAAACUAUGGCAAAUGCAUAGUAGAACUGUGAGCCGUGAGCAAAGCAUGAGGUAAAACUGAUACAAUACUGGGGUCAGCUUUAAAUGCCAUUUCAAAGGCUUGUUUAUGUUCGUCGCACUGUCCUGUCUGGUUACUGUUUGAAUCAUUCUGUGUGGUUCUGGUUCACGUUGUUCCUGUUUUGAGUCCUGGCCCUUAAGGUUCUCCAGGCAGACUCACAGCCCGGCUGAACCCAGAACCAAACAGAACUCCAUCCAUAACAAAGGGAAUUGUAAAAGAAGAAAAAAAAAACAUUACAACAACAUAUUGUAGCUACUUAGAAUUGUUACCUCCUAUAUUGAAAUGACUUUGUAUAUAAAUGAAAUGGAUACGUGUCUAUAAUUUUUAUGCCCUGCAAAUAAUAAAAAUAAAUCAAUCUGGAGAAUAUUUAUGCCAAUUGAUAACUUGACAAUAUAUUCAUGUUAUGCCUGUUGCCUCCAGCUGUUUCCAGUAGCUUUGUACUUGAAACCUGGUAAAAGGCAGCCAGGCAAAUUCCCUGCUUUAAAACUAGGCAGCCCGGCUUUAACAUUGGGGUCUAUGGGGUGAAACAGUCUGGCUUUAACAUUGGGGUCUAUGGGGUGAAACAGCCUGGCUUUAACAUUGGGGUCUAUGAGGGGAAACAGCCUGGCUUUAACAUUGGGGUCUAUGGAGGGAAACAGCCUGCCUUUAACAUUGGGGUCUAUGAGGGGAAACAGCCUGGCUUUAACAUUGGGGUCUAUGGGGUGAAACAGCCUGGCUUUAACAUUGGGGUCUAUGGAGGGAAACAGCCUGGCUUUAACAUUGGGGUCUAUGAGGGGAAACAGCCUGGCUUUAACAUUGGGGUCUAUAGAGGGAAACAGCCUAGCUUUAACAUUGGGGUCUAUGAGGGGAAACAGCCUGGCUUUAACAUUGGGGUCUAUGGAGGAGGGGAAGGGAGGGAAGGGCAGCCUGGCUUUGAGCUAAAAUUUGAAGACGUCCUCCACUGGUAGCACAGGGGGGUCUUCUUUGUGUAGUGUCUGGUAGAGAAUUUGCCUCAUAUGUUUUCCAAUGUAAAUGCACAACACAAUCUCAGGAAUUUGUACAGUAAAAGUCUGGCAAUAACUUAUUUUUAGUUACAAAAGUCUAAAAUGAUGACUUCGGCAUCUUCAUGAGUGACUAAUUAUUUUCAUGAAUUUGUACAAUAAAUAGAAUGUAACUUUGAA